GUUCACUAUAAUAUCGUAUAGUUCAUUAAUUAUUUAUGGUUAAAUGGGCAUUUUUGACUUUAAAUGUUACUGUAGGUUCAAAUAGAUAGAAUUUUAGAACUCAUUACGUGACGAUAUUAAAUUUUUGUAUUUAGUACAUAAUGAUAUCCAUACUGGAUCAGUUUGAACAGGGCGUUGAAAAUUCAUAUAAAACAGCAUCUACGUCUAAACAAUUAAUGGAUGAACAUUUUGAUGGUGAUGCAGAAACUAGAAAAAUUCCUAUUUUGUCAAAGAAGAAAGUAAACUUUUCUCCGAAUGAAAAAAUUUCUCAAUUAUUAGUAAGCAACGAGUAUGUUGUAUUAGCUUUGGUUAAUAAUGUAUUACAGCGGAUAAAUUUAAAACAAGAUAGUAUUGAAGAAAUUGAUACUUUGAAAACGUCAUCUCUCAAAGUAAAGCAAUUAUUUCUUGAUCCUUUUGGAGAACACUUAUUAAUUUCAUGUGGGAAUAUAAAUAGUUCUCAUCUAUUUUAUGCUACUAAACAAUUACCUAAACUCAAACCGGUUGGUAAAUAUCAGGGUUCAGAAAUAACUUCUGUGGCUUGGAAUUAUGAUCUUAAAGUGAAGUCUACAUCUAGUACAACUGGACCUAUAUUGCUUGGUAAUUCAUCUGGUACAAUAAUUGAAACACAAUUGGGAACGGAAUUUGAUAGAUUUUUCCAAGGCAGUGUUGUUCAGUAUUGGAAAGAAGUAUUUGAUAUAAGUAAAGGGCAACCUACUCCUAUAAUCGGUCUUCAAUAUCAUAAAGUUGGAAAUUCAGAUUUAUUUUAUAUUUUGGCAAUCACAUCUACAAAGUUAUAUCAAUUUGUUGAUAAUGUAUUGAAUAAAGAUGAAAGGCCGAUGUUACAACAAAUCUUCAAUAAUUAUUUGACUAUUCCAGAACGUUUUUAUGAAGUUCCCACUGUGGUCAAACAUAGCAAAUUAAAUUUUUAUUUCUUGAAUAAUGACUUUACUGUUCCUAAGUAUUUUGGCUUCCUUACCGAGCUUGGAAUAUUUUUUGCAGAGGUUGAUAUAAACAAAGAUGAUAAGACAAUAUUUAGUUCACAUGAACUUAUAGAGUAUAGUCGAUUAUAUGGAAGAGAAGAUGAUGAUUUUACUGUACCGCUAUCAAUGACAUUCACACGGUACCAUGUAUUGUUGUUGUAUCCAGAAAAAGUCUUAGCCGUUUCAUUAGUAGCUCCUGCUGAUCGCAGUAUAACACAAGUGAUGGAUGAAGAUUAUUUUUCUGAUGGUCAUGGUAGACUUUUGAAUGUAACAAAAGAUUUAAUUACUGGAACAAUUUGGCUGUAUGCUGAACGUGCAGUUUUUAGGUAUAAAAUAACUAAAGAAGAUCGUCAUGUUUGGAAAGUUUAUUUAGAUAAAGGAAUGUUUGAGGAAGCUAAGGAAAUAUGUCUGAACAACCCUUACAGAAUGAAUCAAGUGUUACUUAAACAAGCAGAAAAUCUUUUUGUUACUGAGCAAUAUGAAAAAAGUGCAUUAAUAUAUGCUAGCUUAGAUGUUUCAUUUGAAGAAAUUGUUUUGAAAUUUUUACAUUUAAAUGAAAAAAAGCCAAUCAAAUUAUUUUUAGUCAAAAAAUUAGAAAGUCUAAAGCCCCAGGAUUAUACAAAAAUUACAAUGAUUACACUAUGGUUGAUUGAGCUGUUUACCACUGAAUUAGCAGUACUUAGAAACAAUAAAAAAGAAAAAUCAAAAGAAUAUAUUGUGUUACAAGAUUCAUUUAAACAAUUUUUAUUGCAACCUAUUAUUCAAGAUUGUGUUCACAAAAAUUGGGAAAGUAUAUAUGAUAUAUUGGCUAGUCAUGGCGAUGUGCAAUUUAUGAUUUGGUUAGCAUUAGAAAAUCAAGAUUAUAGGCGUGUUGUACAACACUAUUUAAAUGAAGAAAAUAUUGCUGAAGCAUUAAAUAUAUUGGAUAAUCAUCCAUUCAGUGAAUUAUUUUAUACAUUUUCUUCUGAUCUUAUUGAAAAAGCUCCAGUACAGACUGUAUCUAUUUUAAUUAAACAGGGACAUAAGUUAGACCCUUUAAAAGUCAUUAAUGAAUUAAUCUUUCCAAAUUCUAGCGAAAGAUUAGCUUUAGAAAUAAUUAGAUACUUAGAAUAUAGUAUUCAUUGUUUGAACUGUAACGUAGAAUCUGUUCAUAAUUACCUGAUAUCUCUUUACAUCAUAUACAAUAAAGAUAAGUUGAUGAAUUAUCUAAAACUACAAGGUCGGGAGAUAUCAGGUAUAAGCUAUAAUCCAAAAUUUGCAUUGAGAUUGUGUCGUGAACAUCAUUUGGAAGAAGCUUGUGUACAAUUGUCUAUUGUUUUGGGUUUAUGGGAAGCUGCUGUGGAUUUAGCAUUGAAAGUCAGUAUUGAUUUAGCUAAAACCACUGCUUCAUUGCCUAAUAAUGACAUGGAAUUAUCAAAAAAACUUUGGCUCAAGAUCGCUCAAUAUGUGGUUGAACAAAAUAAUGAUAUAGAACAAGCCAUGCAUUUCUUAGAGGAAUGCAAGUUUAUCAAAAUCGAGGACAUCUUACCAUUUUUCCCAGAUUUUGUAACAAUAGAUCAUUUUAAAGAUGCAGUUUGUUCAUCUCUUGAAGAAUAUAAUCAAGACAUUCAAAAUCUUAAAGAAGAAAUGGAAGAUGCUACUAAAUCAGCUGAAGUAAUAAGGUCGGAAAUUUUGUCAUUUAGAAACAGUUACAUGUUAAUCCAACCAUCAAAUGUGUGUAGUAGCUGUCAGGAACAAUUGGCAACUAAAGCAUUUUAUACAUUUUCUUGUUCGCAUAAUUUUCAUGCAGAAUGUUUGAUCAAAGAAAUGCAACCAUACAUUGAUUCUAGUACAUUAAAUACAAUAAAGGAUUUACAAAAUCAGCUUAGUACCAUGUAUCAAAAUAACAAAGAUUCUUCUCAGUCAAUUAAAGUCAUUAGUCGACGAGAUAAAGUUAAAGAAUCUUUAGAUAAAUUGUUAGCAGCAGAAUGUUUUUUCUGUGGUGAUAUUAUGAUCAGUCUCAUCAAUAAGCCUUUUAUAGAAGACGGUGAUUUUGAAAAGAUAAGACAAGAAUGGGAAUAAAAUGAUUUAGUCAAUACCAAUUAAUACUUAAGUAAUAAAACUACUAAAUAAUAAACUUAUAAUGUAUACACUUUUUUUUUAUCCUAUUUAACAUAUAAUUUUAUAACUAUUGAAAUAAAUUAUAAUAUAAUUUUAUAUAAUUAUGAUUCAAUAUUUUCUUUAUAAAUUAUGAUGUACAUGUUAGUGUUUAACUGCGUGAACAUGAAACUCAACUCCAAGAGCAUUUUAUUUAAUUUGUAUUUAUAAUGAUCUCAAAAGAUUAUUAAAUAUUAUCUAUAUUAAUUAUU